AUGCAAAAAAUAUUCAGUUCAUUGUCUAAAUACGUACAGCAGAUGCAUAAAUCCACUGAACGCGCUCACUGUGUGGUCGGUUCGCAUCAAUGUGAAUAUCCAUUCACAGCACAAGUACUUGCACAUGCCUUCCGUCCGCGAAGCGCAGAGUUCGAACCUAAUGAAGAUCCAUCUCGUCUCAUUGGCGAUAUCCAUUUCAACGACGACGUGCCAUGGGCUCCUGAUCUACUAUUUGCGACUGCUAUUCACGAAAUUGGGCAUGCCCUUGGGCUACCACACGUUGGCGAUGUGAACAGUAUUAUGUAUCCAAUUCUUGUCGAAGGGCAGCAAUUCACUCGAGAAGAUAUCUAUACCAUUCAAAGCCUUUAUGGUCCGCCACCAAGAAAAGAAAGGGACAACGAAAGGUUAGUUGUGAGCCGGCACGAAACAGAUGGCAAUUUGGAUAAGGAAGCAGGCCAACGGAGUUUACAGGAUACCGACCGCCAGAAGGACGUUAGGCCGCAUCCGUGUGCAUCAGAAGCCGACGCAAUCACGACGUUUCGAGGAGAAUUUAUUGUAUUCAAGGAUAAGUGGCUCUGGCGAGUUGUGAGCAACGGUCGGGAGAUCUACGGUCCGCAUCUGAUCUCGAAUGUUUUUCCUGACCUACCAGAGAAAAUCGACGCUGCAGUGGAAAUCCGUGGAGAAAUAUGGAUUUUUUCCGGUAGUGGAGAAAAUGAACGGAUGUUAAACGAGACUGCACUCCGAAAUAGGUACUGGAUAUUCUCAGAACGACGCCUUAUAAGUGGUCCUCAGCCGCUUAGCAGCUUAGGUCUCCCUGAGAACCUUCAACGAAUUCGUCUCGCCUACCAGUGGCAUUAUUUCAACCCUCCAGCGACUUAUCUUUGGGCUGAACGGGACUACUGGAAAUUUGACGUGAAGUCACGACGGGUCGAACGUUCAUAUGCUCGUCGUAUUAGCUUGAACUGGAAGCAUGUACCGCAGAACGCUACGGCAGCCUUCAGCCGCGACAAAGGUUUCGGUGUAGGAGGUCGUAUUGGCACGGCGUUCGCGUUUUUAGUCGGUGCCAUCUUUCGAGAUGGACAGCGUUUCAACGAGCGACUUCUCAGACGUGCCAAAGGACGCGGCCAUGGGCCGUAG